CUGAGACAAGAACAUCGAUAACGUAUUACGUGUAUUAUUUGUUAAAUGUUUAGGAAUUCUCUUGCCGAGAGAUUGUGUGACAAUAAUACAUACUACAACUAUGUUUAAAGUGUUCAUUAUGCUGUGUAAAAAUUUUAGUAGCCACAUUCCUGUGGCUUAUUUAAAGUAAAGAAAUGCCAGUUAACCUUAAAACUUACCACACCCUCUUGAGUGAUAACAUUACUGUUAUUUCUAGGACUACUUUGCAAUGAUUGAUAUGUAAUCUCCAAUGUAAAAUUAUUUCUUUCCGUGUGUAUACCUUUUACGCCUAUGUUUAUACUAAUAUGUCCUACAGGUGUUGUAAAAUGUGCGUUGGCAUUGAGAUUUGCCGUUAAACAUGGCUAGUGCUAAUGAUGAACAUGAUCACCUAAGUUGGAUAGAAUUUUGUGAUAGACAUGCAAAAGCUGCAGCAGCUGACUUCGCUAAGGCGUUGGUUGGCUAUGUAGGAGCAAAUCUACCAGAGAAUGUUAGACCUACUGUGGCCUAUAAGGACUUUGUGUCAAAGUUUGUCGAAUUUUUUGUUGACCAUUUUGAAAACGAAUACUCAAUGAAGAACCAUUGUAAGAAAGUGCCAAAUGGUAACAUAUUACCUCCAGGAUCGUCAAAUCACAACACACAUAGUCAUGAAGAGUUCAGUGAUUAUUCAGAACAUGAAGCGGAUUCCCCAUCUCCUAAAGUUCCGUACAAACCAUUUUUUCGGAGACUGUCAUUUAAAGGCCUUCGGAAAGGCAAAGGAUUCUUUCAUAAACAAAAUUCUGAUGAAGUAGAACUUUCACUUGAUAAACAUUUAAAGAAUGACAAACAUUUCAAGACCAAACUGGCUAAAAUAGUUGUCGAGUGUCGAAAAGAAGGCAUUGUGAACUAUCUUAUGGGGGAAAACAUAGACGGUUGUAGUAACCAAAAGUGGGAAAAGUGUAGGCUAGCGCUAGUUAAAACUGUGGGUGGAUACAUGCUGGAGUUUUAUUCGCCACCAAAGGCGAUAAAACCCAAAAGUGGAGUAUUCUGCUUUUUGAUAUCGGAAGCCCGAGAGACCACAGCUCUUGAGAUGCCAGACCAUGAGAAUACUUUUGUCCUCAAGGCAGAAAACAACAUGGAGUAUGUAAUAGAAGCACACGACACAGACGACAUGCGUUCUUGGCUAGCGACUGUCAAAUACUGCAUGCGAUCCGUGCCAACAUCCACUGACAAUGUGGAUACAAGAAGUCUGCUGGGAGUGGUGAAUGAGAACGAGAGGCUGCGGUCUCCAGUAGCCAAGCCUACUGCUCCACCCGAGUCAGUGGAGGAUCCACCGGAGCUACCCCCACGGCUGCAAACCUCCACCCCCGUCCUGCGUCUGUCCAGCAACAGCAACUUUGAGCUUUGCACUUCACGCACUGACAUAGAGCAUGCAGUGUGUGAGUCGGACGUAGACCUAUCUCUCACACUGAGAGAAUACCCAUGGUUCCACGGGACCUUACCCCGCUCUGACGCUGCCUCUCUAGUCCUUCACGGCGGGUCCGGUGCACACGGAGUCUUUCUAGUCCGUCAGAGUGAAACCAGGAAAGGGGAGUUCGUACUGACCUUCAAUUUCCAAGGACGAGCAAAGCACCUUCGAAUGACACUAAACGACCAGGCACAAUGUCGAGUACAACAUUUGUGGUUCUCAACCAUAUUUGACAUGCUAGAACAUUUCCGUCAACAUCCCAUCCCUCUAGAGUCUGGAGGCACAGAAGACGUUACUCUGACAGAGUAUGUAGUGGCGCCGCUGGUGACGGCGCAGGCAGCACCUGUCAGGUCGACAACUACACCUAGCACCAGCACACCUGCGCCAGACCGCCGACCUCCGCCUACGCCGGACACACGAGAGGUAAUAGACUGA